AUGGCUUGUGUGAUAUUUUAUUUAUUUUUUGUGUCAAUCAACUGCUUAUCAUUUCAAAUAACUUUAAGUGCAACAUCCUGCAGUCGUGGUUAUUAUUUGGAUAGUGGCAAUUGUUAUCCUUGCGAACCAGGUGCAUAUUGUCCAGAUGGAUAUCGACAAUUACCAUGCAAUCCAGGUGAAUAUCAAAAUUCAUUCGCAUCAUCAUCCUGUUCAAGUUGUCGAGAUGGAUACUUUACAAUAGAAUCAGGUUCGAUUAUGUGUAAUAUGUGUCCAAUGGGAUCUAUGUGUCCAAAUACUGAUAGAGAUCCUAUCAAUUGUCCAGCAGGAACUUAUCAAGAUAGUUAUGGUAGGGUGAACUGUCAAGAAUGUCCACAAGGUUAUUAUUCAACAACAUCAAAUUCACAUCAAUGCACAAUCUGCCCAAAGGGUUAUGAAUGUCCUCGUUCCGAUCAACCACCCUUGGCCUGUCGACCAGGUACAUAUUCAUAUAAUUAUGGUGCUUAUGCAUGUUCUACAUGUCCCACGGGUUGGUAUACCACUAAGAACGGUGCCGUACUAUGCGAUAUUUGUCCUGAUGGAAAUGAAUGUCCACGAGCUGAUCAACCACCCAAUAUGUGUCGACCAGGUACAUAUUCUCCAUAUCCAGGAUCAACAUGUACUUCAUGUCCAUCGAAUACCUAUGCAACCAGUUAUGGACAAGUAGCUUGUAAUGCAUGCCCCCUUGGAUAUGAAUGUACACAAAGUGAUCAAGAACCACGAGCUUGUGCCCGUGGAUUUUAUCGAGAUGGAUCAAUGAAUUCUUGCCAACGAUGUUCGUCUGGAUCAAUUCAAUGCCAAAUAUGUCCACGAGGUUAUUAUUGUCCACAACCUGAUACAGCACCAAUAGCUUGUUCUAAUGGAAAUUAUAGUAACUAUAAACAAACUCAAUGCAGUCAAUGUUCUUCUGGCUAUUACUCUUUAACGUCAAAAGCUACUGAUUGUAUGAUAUGCCCUCGAGGGUUUGCAUGCACAGAUCCGAGCUCACCACCUCAAAGUUGUCCUAAAGGUACUAAUGCAGACUACGGAGCAAUUUCUUGUGUAACAUGCUCUCAAGGAUACUACUCCGUUCAAGAUAAUUCAACUACUUGUACUCCGUGUGCACCUGGAUACUUUUGUGAUAAUUCAACACAAUGCCCACAACAAUGUCAAGCAGGUAGUUAUUCAUUAGCUGCUCAAACAACAUGCUAUCAAUGUUCAUCUUCAUGCUCGUCAACUACUGGUGUUUUUGAUUGUUCGACAUGUAUAACAGCAAAACCAACUGGAUGCCAACAAUUGGAAAUUCCAGUUGGCAUACAUAAAAACUAA